CUUACACCGUCAUGUCACCCGUCAAAGGAACGUUGUGGGUUGUUCGUUAUAGUUACCCGCACUCCCCGGCGGGUACGUGCCCGCCUUAAGCCGCUGGGAUCCCUUAUGGGAAACUGGGAUGUCCCGAUUCUCAAAACAGCCGCACCCGAUGACGUGCAGAAAAAAACAGCCCAAACACCGCGUCCAGCUGCUAGCUUAACCAGCUGCUAGCUUCACCAGCGGAGCGCAGAGAGCAGCGCAGGCCUGGACUCACUGUUGUCUGUCCUUUGUUUUUUAAAUUCACACAGGACCCGAGCUGUCUGUUGUUACGUUACUGUCGCGUCUCUCGUCUCUGAAUUUAGCCGGAGUUGUCUCAUGGUUUCACAACACGCUGACAAAAAAGUAGGUUGAAGGAGUUGGUUUGAUGUGCAUGGCAUCAAGACAAGAGGCACCAUGAGUGCGGAGGUGGAUGCACUGACUGUGGUGAACCAGCUGCGAGACCUUGCCGCAGACCCCCUGAACCGGAGGGCCAUAGUAGAGGAUCACGGCUGUCUGCCGGGCCUCAUCUUGUUUCUGGAUCAUCCCAACCCACAGGUCGUCUACUCUGCGCUACUGGCUGUGCGCUACCUGGCAGAAUGUCGAGCCAACAGGGAGAAGAUGAAGGACGAGUUGGGCAUGAUGCUGAGUUUGCAGAAUGUCAUGCAGAAAAGUACCUCACCUGGAGAGACCAAACUUCUGGCCUCUGAGAUCUAUGAAAUCCUGCAGUCAGCUGGGAAAGAAGAGGCCGAACAGGCAGAAGCAGACGCUGCCUCCUGCCGACGUAAAGCUCAGUUCUUCCUGGGCUCCAACAACAAGAGAGCCAAGACUGUGGUGCUGCACAUCGAUGGACUGGACGACUCUACUCGAAGGAGCCUGUGUGAGGGGGCGUUACUAAAGAUCCGAGGGGUCAUCAGCUUCACCUUCCAGAUGGCUGUCAAGAGAUGUGUUGUCAGGAUCCGCUCUGACCUUAAAGCCGAGGCUCUGGGAACAGCGAUCAACUCCACCAAAGUGAUGACGGCUCAGCAGGUGGUGAAGACUGAAGACGGAGGAGAGCGGGUGGUGCCAUUCCAGGAGGACUCAGAGGUGCUGGUCGAGGAGAACACAGACAUCCCGGACUACCUGCCCGAGGAGGAGAGUCCAUCCCAGGAGCAGGACAAGGCUGUCACACGCGUGGGCUCCAUCACAGACGGCAUGGGCUGGCUCAGCACGGCCGCUAACUUCCUCACUCGCUCCUUUUACUGGUGACCACUUCCUGUGUUCCUCCCUCUGCUCCCCAUUUUUCUCCAAAAGUACUAUCCAGCUGCAGCCUUAGCAUCUCUCAGCCUGGUCCCAGACUAAACCCUGCCUCUCGGUUCCACACUAGUCUAGACUCCCCUCCACAAAGCACAUGUGAGCAAGUGCUGGACGGCCAAGUGGAACCUGCAAUAACUUUAAGUUGUGUAUAUAUUGAGCUACAAACCUCACAACUGGCUGUAUGCAUACAACUCUACACUAUAUGGUAUCUCACAAAACAUAACCAGGGGACUUUAAAUUAGCCCAAACCAAAUGGAAAUGUGUAUCACUACAUUGACAGAGCUGAAGUGUGGCCAGGCGUGUUUAAUUCUUCUUUGGCUGAUUUCGUGUACGUUUAAAAAUUGGGAGUUUCCUUUAUUUUCUUCUUUUUUGCACGGUUUUCAUUUGCUGUCCUCCUCAUAUCUUUCCCAAUAAUUGUCCUUUUACUCUAUAUAUUUUUUUCAUAUUUUUCAUUCUUUUCUUUCUAAUAAUCCUAAUUUAGCUCAUUAUUUUCUUCCCUCUCCAGAUUUUUUAGCAUGUUGAGUCUUUUGUGCCAAUUUUUGCCUGAUGCCUAGAUUUGUGAUCAUUGUGUGUGCCUUUGUUGACAUGUCACUGUAAUUAUUAUUUAUUCAUUCAUUCAAAUGAUUUAAGAGCUCAGACAGUGUCAGAUGUAACGUUUGUGCUCCCCCCCCCCGCAUCAACCUUUAGCUCACAAUGGGACGUCACUUCAGUAGAAAGGGUGAAAUAGACACCAGCAAGAGGCUGCAGCCCUUUAGCCACUGGCUCACGUGCAUAAGACUGUUUGUUGCAUUCUGAAAGAGGAGCUGGAGCUUGUUUAUACACCACCCGUCACUCCCUCCUCAAAUCAGGGCUCCACUGAUGAUGCUUUUAAUGCAGCAAAAAUCAAAUGCGAGUUCUGCAGCGGCAGAUAAUGGGCCGGCAGCUCCUUGUGUUACUUGCACAGAUUUUUAGGCUACCUCUGCUCUCGCUGUCCCGUCUCACAUCAUCAGCACUAAGGUCCUCUGUAGUUUGAGUUAAAGCCGUAGAACCGCAUGAUGAAGACAAACCUGUUAGCUGCCUGCUCGUGCACCUGAACUCCAGCCAAGAUUUUACAGUAUUGUGCACCCGCCUGUUCAGUUCAAUUUUCAGUUUAGCCAGCAGUGUCCUUAAAGCAAAGAUCAUGUCGGUCCACACACUUACACACACGCUUAAAGAGGACUCACUAAUGCUGUCAUGUGAGCAGUAGUCAUACUGUAACAAGGGCGUGGUUAUGUACAUUUUGUAAAUGGUGCCUGAGUCUCUCGGGUGUUAGAUGCAAAGUAAUUUCUUUUUCUGUUUUUGUAAUAUCUGCAUUUUAUGUUACACUUCAGGAUUCUCAGUCUUUACAGUCCUCUGACUCCCACCACUUCUAAUUAUCAUCUCCACUGACUCAUGUGAGCGUCAUUGACAGUUGUAAUGCUGACCAGGUGAGUUUUAUUGUUUUGAUGGUGCGGAGAUGUCUCAGUUGAUUGAGGUCAAACUGAUGGGAUGGGAUUGAUGGUGCUGUUCUCCGUAAAAGCAAUAAUUUUUUUGCGCAUUAUAUGUAGUGACCGUUGUUCUGCAUCAGCCUCCAAAACGUUUUGAAUAAAAAGUAUUAGUCAAAGAUAAGAUCAUCAU